AAAAUCAUUUAUCAACGAAAAAAAUAAAAAAAUUCGGGAGAGAAGAGAGAGAGUGAGGGUUAGAGAGAGAAAGUUAAGAGGAAAAGAGAGCGUACGUCUCUAUCAAGGACUGUUUGAUUUGUUUGAUCGGAGAGCAGAGAGUCGGUGGCCUGAGUAUUCGGCGGGGUAGCUGUAUUUUGCUGCGAUCUCGGUGCCGGAAUAGGUCUGAUCUCUGAGAGGCUGAUUUAAUUGUUUGUGUUUUUUUAAUUUGGAAGAGCAGCAGAGAAGAUGGUGAAUACUUUGGUGGAGAGAGCAACGAGCGACAUGUUGAUCGGGCCUGAUUGGGCCAUGAACAUCGAGAUCUGUGACAUGCUUAAUAACGACCCUGGACAAGCAAGGGAUAUUGUUAAAGGCAUAAAGAAACGCAUUGGAAGUAAGAAUCCAAAAGUUCAACUUCUUGCUUUAACUUUGUUGGAAACAAUCGUAAAGAAUUGUGGGGACAUUGUCCAUAUGCAUGUAGCAGAGAGAGAUGUUCUUCAUGAGAUGGUUAAAAUAGUCAAGAAAAAGCCUGACUUUCAUGUCAAGGAGAAGAUACUGAUUCUAAUAGAUACUUGGCAAGAAGCUUUUGGAGGACCGAGGGCAAGAUAUCCACAAUAUUUUGCAGCAUACCAGGAGUUGUUGCGUGCUGGGGCAGUAUUUCCUCAGAGAUCUGAGAGGGCUGCACCUGUCUUCACUCCACCUCAAACUCAACCUCUAUCUUCUUAUCCUCCAAAUAUUCGAAAUGGUGGUAAUCACCAAGAGGCAGCUGAUUCUUCUGCAGAUUCUGAGUUCCCAACUUUGAGCUUGACAGAAAUUCAGAAUGCGCGUGGCAUUAUGGACGUCCUUUCAGAAAUGCUAAAUGCAUUGGAUCCAAGCAACAAAGAGGGGCUUAGGCAGGAGGUGAUUGUUGACUUGGUAGAACAGUGCCGAACAUACAAGCAAAGAGUGGUACAUCUUGUUAAUUCAACCGCAGAUGAGUCACUGCUAUGUCAAGGCUUAGCACUGAAUGAUGACUUGCAGCGUGUGCUAGCCAAGCACGAAUCAAUUGCUGCAGGAAAAUCUGCUGUAACAGAGAAGCCCAAGCCUGAAUCUAGUGGAGCACUAGUAGAUGUAGAUGAUCCUCUAGCGAACACCAAAGAUGCUACUAAAAAGCCUGAUGGGAGGUCAACAACAAGUAGUGGUGCUGGGGGUCAACCACUUAAUCAGUUAUUGCUUCCUGCCCCUCCUACUAAUGGUCCAACAACUUCAACGCUAGUCAAUCCCAAAAUGGACCUUCUGAGUGGUGAUGACUAUAGCUCUCCAAAGACAGACAAUUCAUUGGCUCUGGUUCCUGUGGAUCAACCACAAUCAAACAGUCCUCUAUCUUCUCAGCAAAAUGCUCUUGUUCUCUUUGAUUUGUUUUCAGAUAGCACCAACACUCCAAAUUCUGUCAAUACUCAGUUUUCAAAUAUGGCUGGACAACCAAAUCCUUUGGCUGGACAAUCUAAUCCAUUGGGCCAACAAGCAAAUCAUUUGGCUCCACAAGUAAAUUCUUUGGCCCCACAACAUAAUCAUUCAGCCCCACAAUUCCAGCAGCAGAACUUUCACACUCCAGAAGCUGGGUCUCACCAAAAUGGAAGUGUAUCAACCAUAGGGUCUUAUGAGCAAUCACUUUAUACACAAGGUUCUGGUCCUGCCUGGAAUGGUCAGCUUCCCCAACACCAACCACAGUCACCAUCAUAUGGAAUGCAAAGCAGUGGAUCACUGCCACUACCUCCCUGGGAAGCUCCAGCGGUAAGUGGUAGCCCGAGAGCUGGUUCUCAAUACCCUCAGCAAAUGCAAGUUUCUCAGGUGGCUGUUACACAGUUUCAGCCUGUGCAGAGUAGCGAAUAUCAAGGAUUUCUCCCUACAGGUAAUGAGCAGGUAGUCGGCAUGUAUAUUCGGCCUAUCACAGGUGGUCAUUUGUCAGCAAUCAAUAAUCAGGCCAUUCAAAGCAACCAGUUCCUGGGGCUAAACCCCCAAUUUGCCCAUGGAGGGCAAUAUAUGGGCAUGCUUCCACAGCAAAUGCAAGCCAACCAAAUGGCUUCUAUGUAUCCGCAACAAAUGUACGGCAACCAAAUGGCAGGAUAUGGCUAUGGUCAGCAGCUAGGGCCACAGUAUCUUCAGCAGCAAAUGUAUGGGCUAUCGGUUAGAGAUGACAGUGCAUUGAGACAGUCUUCCUAUGCGGUUUCCGCUUCCUCAUACGUUCCACCCCUGAAGAAGACCUCGAAACCAGAGGAUAAGCUAUUUGGAGACCUUGUUGACAUGGCUAAAUUAAAACCAACAAAGCCCACUUCUGGAAGAGCUGGUAGCAUGUGAAAUCUUAACUGGUUUAGCGUUUUAUUUUCUAAUUUUACUUUGUUUGCUAAUUUGCUUCCUUCGAUUAUUUCCUUUUUUAAAUUUUCAAUAUAUAUAGUCUUCUAUCUUGAUCAUUUUGAUGCAAUAUUUGUGUUGCCCGUUUGGCAUUGGAAUCAUGUACAUUGCUUGUAGAGAAUUGAUUAAAAAAAAAAGAGUUGACACCAUAGUUGGAGGCUGAGUUUCGCGUGAUUUUCUGGAUAUAUUACUUCCAUUAAUAAUAUCAGAUGACUGCCGUUUAUUUCAAAA